AUGGCAUCAAUUGUGAGCAAGAGACUGGUCCAGCAGCGUGUCCGCGCUAGGCAGACCGGAUGGGACCUUUGUCGCAGUUUUUCGAGCUCCCCGUCCUUGUCCGCGGGACACAACCGGUGGUCGCAAAUCAAGCACGACAAGGCGAAAAAUGACAAGCUGAAGAGCAAGGAGCGACAAACGGUCGCAAAGGAAAUCAGUUCCGCUAUCCAGAUGUGGGGACCAGAUACGAAGUUCAACCCUCGUCUUACCCUCGCCCUCUCGAACGCGAAAAAGGCUGGAAUUCCAAAAACAAUAAUCGAAGCAGCGAUCGCUCGGGGUCAAGGAGUGAGCGUAACAGGUGAAGCGUUGGAGCAGGUUACCAUUGAGGCUAUUCUACCUCAUUCCGUCGCGGCUGUCGUCGAGUGUCAAACAGAGAACAAGCUGCGUAUAUUACAGGAUGUACGUCACGCUAUCAAGGAAGCCGGUGGCUCUGCUACUCCAACUGCAUAUCUAUUUGAGAAGAAAGGACGGAUAGUGUUUGAGAAGAAGGAUGGGUUCAGUGCGGACGACUGCCUCGACCAAGCCAUUGAGGCGGGCGCUACAGAUAUCAUAUCUGAUGGGAAAGGACGCAUUGUGGUAUUCACCGAACAAUCUGAGACAAAAAACGUUGGCGAAACUCUCUCUAAGUUGGCUGGCCUAACAAUUGAAGAGCUUGAAAUCAUCUGGUCUCCGAACCAGGAUACAUUGGUGGACUUGAAAGACGAGGCGCAAGUGCAAGAGAUUGAGGAGAUAUUGGCUUAUCUCCGUGAAGAAGCCAGCGUCCGUGACAUAUACCUGAACACGACUCAAGCCUUCUGA